AUGAGUUAGACUGCAGAUAACCUUGAAGAAGGUGAAGUUAAACCAGUUGAUUCUACUCCAGUAUGGGGUGGUGAAUAAAGUGCAGGCGGUUGGCAAGUAGAUGAAGUGAAAAAAACUUAGGACUCAUAAUAGGGUCGCGAUGAAAUAAAGGAGAAUAAGGACAGCAAUGGCUAGAAUGGAACAGCUGCAGAAUCAGGAGGUUGGGGAGAUCAAAAAUAAUAGCAAUAAUCAUCUUGGGGAGAAACUAAAGCUGAAACUAAUGAUAAUGCUUGGGGAUCUGGAACCACAGGAUUUGGAAGCUCUUCAACUGCAGACAAUGGUGGAUCAUCAUGGGGAGGUGGAUCAAAUUCCUGGGGAGGAGGAGGAAAUUCAGAUAAUGGAUUUUAAUCAGAUCGACCCAGAGGUAGAGGAAGAGGAGAUGGAUUCAGAGGAGAUCGUGGAGGAGGUUUUAGAGGCAGAGGAGAUAGAGGAGACAGAGGAAGAGGAGAUGGAUUUAGAGGAAGAGGAGACAGAGGUGACAGAGGUGGAUUCAGAGGAAGAGGAGAUAGAGGUGAUCGAGGUGGAGAUAGAGGUGAGAGACGAGGAGGAUACAGAGGAGGAAGAGAUAAUGGCGGAAGCUGGGGUGGAAAUUCUAAUAAUAAUAAUGGAGGAGGUAAUACUUGGGGAAGUAAUGGAGAUAGUAAUUAAUGGGGAAAUUCAGAAAACAAGGAUAAUUCUGGAGGUGGUUGGGGUAGUACUUCAACAAAUGAAUAACCUGCUUAAUCUGGCGGAUGGGGAAGUACAACAGAACAACCAGCCCAAUCUGGAGGAUGGGGAAAUUCUACUCAAUAACCAGCUCAGUAAGCAUCAGAAGGUUGGGGAAGUAAAACAGAACAGCAGCCAUAGUAGGCAGAAUAAACUUAAGGUGGAUGGGGUUCUACAACUGAAUAACCAAAAUAAUCAAAUAGCGCUUGGGGGUAAGCAACUGAAUAACCAGUUUAAUAAUCCAAUGGAUGGGGAAAUUCUACCUAAGAAUAACCAGCAUAAUAAUCUGGAGGUUGGGGAUCAACAACAACAGAAUAGCCUCCUUAGUAAUCAGGAGGAUGGGGAUCAACAACAACAGAAUAACCACAAUAAUAAGGAGGUUGGGGUUCAACAACAGCAACAUAAGAUUAACCUUAGUCAGGAGGAUGGGGAUCCACAACUGAAUAAGCUACAACAUCAGGUGGAUGGGGAAGCAGUGAUUAACCAGCUUAAUCAAGUGGAGGCUGGGGAGGUUCAUCAGAUUAAUAAAAUGGAAAUUCCUGGGGAGGAGGAUCUGGAGAUGGACAAAGAGGUAGAGGCAGAGGAAGAGGAGAUCGUGGAGACAGAGGAGGUUUUAGAGGUAGAGGAGAUGGUUUUAGAGGAAGAGGAGAUAGAGGAGGAGGAGAAGGAUAUAGAGGAAGAGGAGAUGGUGAAGGAUAUAGAGGAAGAGGAGAUGGAGAAGGAUAUCGAGGAAGAGGAGAUGGAGAAGGAUAUAGAGGAAGAGGAGAUGGUUUUAGAGGAAGAGGAGAUAGAGGAGAUCGAGGAGGAUUCAGAGGAAGAGGGGAUAGAGGAGAUAGAAGAGGUGGAUUUAGAGGAGGAAGAGAUAAUGAAAAUUCAGGCAACGGUGGAGGCUGGGGAGGAUCAUCAAAUGAUUAAGCCGGUGGAGGAUGGGGAUCUACUGCAACUGAAUAGCCUGCAUCAAGUGGAGGAUGGGGAUCUACAGCAACUGAAUAGCCUGCAUCAAGUGGAGGAUGGGGAUCUACAGCAACUGAAUAGCCUGCAUCAAGUGGAGGAUGGGGAUCUACAGCAACUGAAUAACCAGCUUCUAGUGGAGGUUGGGGAUCUACAGCAACUGAGUAACCAGCUUAAAAUGGAGGAUGGGGAAGCACUACAACUGAAUAGCCUGCUUCAAAUGGAGGUUUGGAGUCUACUAAAGCACCAGAAUAACCUACUUAAAAUGGAGGUUGGGGGUCUAGUAAAGCGACCGAAUAACCUGCCUAAAAUGGAGGCUGGGGAUCUACGGCAACAGAAUAACCUGCUUAAAAUGGAGGCUGGGGAUCAACGACAACUGAACAACCAGCUUAAAAUGGAGGAUGGGGAGCAUCUAAAGCAACUGAACAACCAGCUUAAAAUGGAGGUUGGGGAUCUACAGCAACUGAGUAACCUGCCUCUAAUGGAGGAGGAUGGGGAUCUACAGCAACUGAAUAACCUGCUGCAAGUGGAGGUUGGGGAUCUACUGCAACUGAAUAGCCAGCUUCAAAUGGUGGUUGGGGUUCUACAACAACUGAUCAACCUGCUUAAAAUGGAGGAGGUUGGGGAAGCAGCAAUAAUGAUUAACAGCAAUCCAAUGGAUGGGGUUCCAAUAAUCACUAAUCGAAUGGAAAUGGUGAAAGAGGAAGAGGUCGAGGUAGAGGACGUGGUCGUGGUGGAGAUAGAGGACAAGAUCGAGGAUUUGAUAGAGGAUUCGAUAGGAGUAAUAAUAAUGAGAAUGGUGGAGGAGAUUUUCCAACUUAAAAAAGAGUAAAACCUAAUCCUGUGGUAAUUACAAUAUCAGAUGAUGAAAAUGGCAAGGCUUCUCCUCAUUUCAGUGAGGAUGAAUUAGAAAAGGCAAAUAUAAUUAAUGAAGCUUUAAAGUAAACUGUUGAUGCCAAACCUAUUACUUUGUAACUCCCUGCUUUAGAUGCUAAAUUUUCUCCACUUUAUAAUCCUGAACCUGAUCCUGAUAGCUUAAAAACCGAUAAUUUAUGUCAUUUAAAGGGAGGUCUUUAUCCUCAUGAGUAAUACAGAAAAGUGAAAUUCGUGUACACGGGAGGAAUCAAAGUAGAUUCAGAAAGGUAGCCAGUUGUUAACUUAGUUACUUUUGAUAAUGAUUUAGAAUUUAUUGAAUCUUGUCCAAAAGUUGAUCUAGCUGAAAAAUAAGGAAUUGAGACUGUGUUUUUGAGUCCAUUAAUAAAUGAGUAUAGAAUACUUAAAAAUGAAUUGGUUUAAUUAAGAUAAGAAGAGAGGAGAACAUAAAUUAGAAGAUAAUAUAUGGGGGUAGUGGAAGGAAUUGAUAAAGAAAACUAGGAUUUAAUAUGUUAAGUUGGAUUAGCAUUGUUGAAAGAAUAGAAAGCAAUAAAAUUAAAAUAUGGAUUUCUAUUUGCUGAAUUGACACUCUUUCAUAUAAAAUAAUUAUUUGGAAGUCUGGAUUAUGCAGAACAUUAAUCAUUAUAAGCAAAAGAAAAAGAGCUUCGUCCUACUAAUUUAGUUUUUGUAGUGUCCAUAACUUAGAAAUGGUUGAAUGACGUGCCAAAAUUGAAAUGCAGAAGAAGAAAAGAGUUGUUAUGAUAUAUAAUAUUAAUAUUAUAAUUACAAAUUUAAAUUAAA